GUAUUGAGGGGUUCGGUCCCGAAAUGUUCAGCCCAAUCCAUGAGUCAGCAGCUGCGAGAGGAGGAAGCAACGGUAAUCAGUCCAAAAACCAGUGUGCCAUAGCGUUUCCCCCAGCGCUCCCUCCGGACUCUCUAGCACUGCGUAAAGGGGCCCGCCUGAGCCCAAUAUACUUCCGGUGGGGAAGGGAAAGGGAAGACACCACCGGAAGAAAGGAAGGUGCUGUGUAAUCAUUAAGCAGAGGAGGCAUUUGGAGCGGCUAAAAUGCCAGAUUACCUUGGUGCCGAUCAGCGGAAGACCAAAGAGGAUGAGAAGGACGACAAGCCCAUCCGAGCUCUGGAUGAGGGGGAUAUUGCCUUGCUAAAAACUUAUGGUCAGAGCACUUACUCUAGGCAGAUCAAGCAAGUUGAAGAUGACAUUCAGCAACUUCUCAAGAAAAUUAAUGAGCUCACUGGUAUUAAAGAAUCUGACACUGGCCUGGCCCCACCAGCACUCUGGGAUUUGGCUGCAGAUAAGCAGACACUCCAGAGUGAACAGCCUUUACAGGUUGCCAGGUGUACAAAGAUAAUCAAUGCUGAUUCGGAGGACCCAAAAUACAUUAUCAACGUAAAGCAGUUUGCCAAGUUUGUGGUGGACCUUAGUGAUCAAGUGGCACCUACUGACAUUGAAGAAGGGAUGAGAGUGGGUGUGGACAGAAAUAAAUACCAAAUUCACAUUCCAUUGCCUCCUAAGAUUGACCCAACAGUUACCAUGAUGCAGGUGGAAGAGAAACCUGAUGUCACAUACAGUGAUGUUGGUGGCUGUAAGGAACAGAUUGAGAAAUUGCGAGAAGUAGUUGAAACCCCAUUACUUCAUCCAGAGAGGUUUGUAAACCUUGGCAUUGAGCCUCCCAAGGGCGUGUUGCUCUUUGGUCCACCCGGUACAGGCAAGACACUCUGUGCACGGGCAGUUGCUAAUCGGACUGAUGCGUGCUUCAUUCGAGUUAUUGGAUCUGAGCUUGUACAGAAAUACGUCGGUGAGGGGGCUCGAAUGGUUCGUGAACUCUUUGAAAUGGCCAGAACAAAAAAAGCCUGCCUUAUCUUCUUUGAUGAAAUUGAUGCUAUUGGAGGGGCUCGGUUUGAUGAUGGUGCUGGAGGUGACAAUGAAGUGCAGAGAACAAUGUUGGAACUGAUCAAUCAGCUUGAUGGUUUUGAUCCUCGAGGCAAUAUUAAAGUGCUGAUGGCCACUAACAGACCUGAUACUUUGGAUCCAGCAUUGAUGAGGCCAGGGAGAUUGGAUAGAAAAAUUGAAUUUAGCCUGCCCGAUCUAGAGGGUCGGACCCACAUAUUUAAGAUUCACGCUCGUUCGAUGAGUGUUGAAAGAGAUAUCAGAUUUGAAUUGUUAGCACGACUGUGUCCAAAUAGCACUGGUGCUGAGAUUAGAAGCGUCUGCACAGAAGCUGGUAUGUUUGCCAUCAGAGCACGGCGAAAAAUCGCUACCGAGAAGGAUUUCUUGGAAGCUGUAAAUAAGGUCAUUAAGUCUUAUGCCAAAUUCAGUGCUACUCCUCGUUACAUGACAUACAACUGAAUCCUGAAGGCUUUCAGGUGAAAACUUUAGAUUGGAAUCCUAACCUUACAUAGACUUGUUAAUAACCACUUCAUAAACAAAUAAAUGGCUUCAAAAUUGUAUGUUUCCAUAUCUCUUCUUUUAAUAAAAGGUGAUCUCUAAUGUUAUUAGACAGAAAAGCUUGUUAGAAUGUGUUUUGACUGUUUUUUUGACCUACUCCCAUUUAAGGGUUUCACAGCAAACAAAGUGCUUGCUGAGAUGGCUUAUGUCCAGGCAUAUGCUGGCUGGGUGCUCUACAUAGAAAUUCUCAUUGUAUCCUCCCAUCUGUCCAUUGAGGAAGAUUAUCAAAUGGAUCUUCAUCUAAUGGAUUCAUAAACUUUCCUACUUACUUGUAGUGGCAAAGCUGGGUUUCUGGUCCAAGUUUGUCGGCUCCAUUACCUCUGCUCCUAUUAUCCUCUUCUGUCCCGCAUCAAAGUAGCUCACUUAGGCUUAUGACCACAUGCAUUAUGAUAGUUUCCCACCACCAUGUUGAAUAAUAAAAGCUUUGGCCAAAUCUUUUUUAAAGUAGGAGAAACAUUGGAUGUAUAUGUUUUGCAUUGCAAUUUGAUUUCAAAUUAAUCAGGAAGAAUUAGUGAUUUUAAUGAGCAGUAAAUACAAUAAAGCAGAAAGAAAAAUGUUCAGCCAGAGGUGAAAGAGUAGUAAAAAAGA